UUAGAUUAUUAUAAAAGUAAUAUGUUUACUCAUCUAGUGGGUAUAUAAAAUCAUAAGAAGCAAUUAUUUUGUAUUGUCUUAGCUUCAUUAACGGUAGGCCUGGCAAAAUUACUACCCAACCCGUCCCGAAACCCCCACCCCCUCCGAAAAUAGGAAUUUUUAUAACCCGAAAUCUGAAUGAACCGAACCCAAUUAACAUGUGAUUUUUUGGGUCUGGUUGGGUGGGUUAGCGGGUCGACCCUUUAGACACGUUCCAUUUCAUAUGUAACCCCAAAAUGAUAAAAUCACUCAUAAAUUGGUGAGAUGUUUAAAAAAAUUCAGAAGGAGUUGAUAGACAUGUUUGGAGUUUAAGGAUAAUAAAAUAUUAUAUGUUUCUUGUAGUGUAUUACUCUUGUGAUUUGUUUUCUGACGAUUUGUACAAUUUGUAUUUCAUUUCAUUAGCAUGCGAAGGUUUAAAGAAUAUGUUUAUUGACAUGUGUUAGGUAAACUAUUGUCAUGCAUAUGUGAAGAUUUGUGUUUAAAAAAAAAUGAAACAUGUUUGAUACUGUUUCGAGGAGCGCUCAUAACUCGAAAUGACCUGUAACCCAACUCAAAACCGAAUGGGUUUGAUCAAUAUUUAACCCAAAAUAAGUCAACCCAACCCUACAUGAUCCGACCUAUAACUUGAAACCCCAACUCAAAAUUACCCAACCCGACCCGAUUGCGAGUUCUGAUCAACGGGCCAAGAGAUACACCCAAUACUCAUGCAGGCAAAUGCAGAGCGAUGAAAACUGCCUUCGGACACCCUAGAAGGAGUAACGAACUCGUCCAACAUAAAAUCGCCAGAUUUGGUGCCGUUUCUUUGAGUAUAUCACAGUGGUCGUCUUAUUUAAACUGCCGCAAAAUCGUCAUACUGGUUAGCGUUUUCUGUGCUGUGGCUUACCUUAAAGUGGCCGACGGAGCAUUUUCACAUUGUAACUCCAUAAUCCUUCCGCCAUCCGUGGAGCAAAAAUGCCUGAAAUGGCGACGGGGAAGCAACAGAAGAAGGCCGAAGGAGAAGAAGACCCAAAUGUCAAUCCUCUAAUUUGCUCUGCGGAGCUCGUCCUUCCAUGGCUGAACCCACGAGAACUCGCCAGCGCCGCCUCCACUUGCAAAACCCUAGCACAACUCUCCCGGCUCAUCACUCUCCGGCGAACCUCCGACGCUACCAGAUCCUUCGAGAAACUUCCCGUUCCUUUCCGCGGCAGAAGCCAGAGAAACUCCCCGCCAUAUGCCUAUUUCCUGUACGCUGAAUCUCAGCUGCUCUCGUCCGAAUCCCCCGACCGCCAGCCAUGGGGUUCCCCAAGUUCCUCCACCGUCGCUGGAGCAGGCUCAUCGAAACAAUCAGCCGCGGAGAACGGCUGCGGAUGCGGUUGCGAGGGAUGCGGAAUUGGGAAUCCAAGUUUGGAAAGGGAAGAGCUUGAAGUGGGAGUACUCAGCGAGUGCGGAUCAGGUUGCGGAUGUGGAUUGGAAUGCAGGAAUCGAUUGACCCAGAGAGGAAUUAGGGUUAAACUGAAGAUUGUUUGGAGUGAAAGGAAAAGCUGGUGCUUGUUGGCCGAUCAAUUGAUUCCACAAGGCCAAUUCGUCUGUGAAUAUACCGGGGAACUGCUGACAACCCAAGAAGCAAGACGCCGGCAGCAGGCCUACGACGGCGGCCGGUUCUCUUCUUCAGCACUUUUGGUGGUGAGAGAGCAUCUCCCAUCUGGGAAAGCUUGUUUGAGGGUGAACAUUGAUGCGACGAAGAUAGGGAACGUGGCGAAAUUCAUCAAUCAUUCCUGUGAUGGCGGGAACCUGUGGACGGUGUUAGUAAGGAGCCCUGGAGCUUUCUUGCCGCGGCUCUGUUUCUUUGCCAGCAGAGACAUUAGCAAAGACGAAGAGCUCUGUUUCAGCUACGGCCAGAGCAGGGUGAGGUCGAAUGGGCGGCAGUGCUUCUGUGGCAGCCCUGUUUGUUCUGGAACUUUGCCUUCUGAAGUGACUUAGUUUAGUGCACUAAGCAGCGUCUCUUACGGAUUUCCAUAUCAGUUUAACUGAGAAUCUAUUCAGGACCUUUCCAUCCCAUUUUUAAGAAGAAAAAAAAGGCCAUUCCCCUGAGAUCUGCCAUAAAGCUUCGUAUAUGCGUUUCACUACGGGUGGGAUUCGGUCGGUAAACGGUAAAUUGUUUACCGAAUUUAUCGGUUUCGGUAUACCGAAGUUGGCCAAAUUGGUUACCGAUUACCGAUACCGGUUUGUAACCGGUUUACCGAUUACCGAUAAACGGUUACAAACUGG